AGGUCUGAAUAAAAACAGUGGAGGGGUUUAAGGAAGGUUUGAUGUUCUUCCUUCCAAGUUCCAACAAGAUUACUUGCUUUUUGCACUAUCCACACUCCACAGAUUAGCUUUCAAUGGCGUUUGCAACUUCGUUUUCCACCCCUCACCUUCAGAGGGGAAUCCAUCCAACAAAAUCUCAAUCUCUCCAUCACUUUCUCUUCUUCCCAAACCCCAUUUUUUGUUGUUUCCCUUCUUCUAUUCCACUCACCAUCAAAACCCCAAGAACUCAAUUCCAUCUCUCUGCCUCAGUCCAUGACAAUUGCGUCCAAAAGCUCGAAAAUUUGCACGAACCCGUUAAUGGGGUUCAUCAAACAGAGCCCCCUGACCCACCGCAGAGAAUAUUCAUCCAAAACUCACCUUGGAUUUUGAACGACUUGUUGCUGAAUGAUAUUGAAGAGGAGAAGAAGCUCAAUUUACUGAGGAGGAGGCAAAUUAAGGCGGAGACUGAAGCAUUGGAGAAGAUGGUAGAAGAAUACAGAGAACUAGAGAGAGAAAUGCGCGAGAAGAACCUUACUCCCAAUUUGCCUCACGUGAAGGCUCUGUUUUUGGGGUGGUUUGACCCUCUCAAAGAGGCUAUAGAGGCAGAGCAGAAGUCGAAGAGGUCAAAGAAGCACAAAGCAGCAUUUGCGCCCCACAUUGAUUCCUUGCCUGCUGCUAAACUGGCUGUUAUUGUCAUGCAUAAGGUGAUGGGUUUGGUGACUCAGGAGUAUCGCCGUGCGGGCUGUGUUCUCCUUGUGGAUGCUGCUGUUCAGAUUGGUAUGGCUGUGGAACAAGAGGUUAGGAUUCAUAAGUUCCUGGAAAAGACUAGAAGUCACCAGAGUAAGAAAACAGAGGCUGGUGAUGAAGACAGUAUGGAUAAUGAUAAACAAAAAUUAAGGAAACAUGUAAAUGAUUUGAUUAAAAGAAGAAGAUUGAAACAGGUCCAGAUGCUAUUGAAAGAGAAAGAAUCUGGUCCUUGGGGUCGUGAUACUCAGGCUAAGCUGGGAAGUCGAUUAAUAGAAUUAUUAAUUGAAACAGCAUUUGUACACUCCCCUGUUAAUCAGUCUGCUGAUACUCCACCUGAUAUUCGACCAGCAUUCAGGCAUAAAUUUAAAGCUAUAUCAAAGAACCCAGAGCAAAAGAUUUUGAAGAAUUAUGGUGUCAUAGAAUGUGAUCCCUUAGUCCUUGCUGGGAUGGACAAAUCUGUUAAGCAUAUGUUAAUGCCUUACAUGCCGAUGUUAGUACCUCCAAAAAAGUGGAAAGGGUAUGAAAAAGGUGGGCAUUUGUUCCUACCAUCUUAUAUCAUGCGCACUCACGGAUCCAAGAAGCAGCAAGAUGUAAUGAAGAAUGUUGAAAGGAAACAAAUGCAAAAAGUUUUUGAGGCCUUGGACACACUUGGCAACACCAAAUGGCGAGUAAAUAGAAGAUUACUUAAUGUUGUGGAGUCCCUUUGGGCUGGAGGAGGUAACAUUGCUGGUCUGAUUGAUCGUAAAGAUGUUCCUAUACCAGAGAGGCCACCUUUAGGGGAUUUAAAACAAAUUCAGGAAUGGAAGUGGAGUGUAAGGAAGGCAGAGAAAAUUAAUCUGGAGAGACAUUCUCUAAGAUGUGACACUGAACUUAAGCUUUCUGUGGCUCAGAAAAUGAAAGAUGAGGAAGGCUUUUAUUAUCCCCACAAUGUUGACUUCCGCGGCAGAGCAUAUCCCAUGCAUUCUCAUUUGAAUCAUUUAAGUUGUGAUCUAUGUCGAGGAUUGCUUGAGUUUGCUGAAGGACGGCCAUUAGGAGAGUCUGGACUAUGCUGGCUGAAGAUACACUUGGCAAAUUUAUAUGCUGGUGGUAUUGAAAAGUUGUCUUAUGAUGGCCGCCUGGCUUUUGUAGAGAAUCAUCUUCAUGAUAUAUUUGACUCUGCUGAUAAUCCUAUUAAUGGAAAUCGUUGGUGGUUAAUGGCUGAUGAUCCUUUCCAGUGCCUUGCUGCUUGUAUUAAUCUGUCAGAAGCCUUAAGAAGCUCGUCACCAAAUUCUGUUAUCUUACAUUUGCCAAUUCAUCAGGAUGGUUCCUGUAAUGGCUUACAGCACUAUGCUGCUUUGGGAAGAGAUUCUCUGGAGGCUGCUGCAGUUAACUUGGUCGCUAGUGAGAAACCAGCUGAUGUUUACUCGGAGAUUGCUGUUAGGGUUCAUGAUAUUAUGAGAAAGGACUGUAUCAAAGAUCCAGCUGCCUAUCCAAAUGCUUUGUUAGCAAAAGUUUUAAUUGAUCAGAUUGACAGGAAACUGGUCAAACAGACAGUGAUGACUUCAGUUUAUGGUGUUACCUUUGUUGGGGCACGAGAGCAAAUCAAGAGAAGAUUAGAGGAGAAAGGUCUUAUUACUGAUGAAAAACUUUUAUUUGCUGCAGCUUGCUAUGCUGCUAGAGUGACAUUAACUGCGCUUGGAGAAAUUUUUGGUGCUGCACGUGUCAUUAUGGGUUGGCUUGGUGAUUGUGCAAAGGUAAUUGCUUUUGAAAACCAGCCUGUUCGUUGGACCACUCCUCUUGGCCUUCCAGUUGUACAACCAUACUGUAAAACUGAACGGCAUCUGAUCAAAACAUCUCUUCAAUUUUUGGCUUUGAGACGAGAGGGUAAUGCAGUAGAUGCCAAGAAACAGAGAUCUGCAUUUCCUCCAAACUUCGUACAUUCACUGGAUGGUUCACACAUGAUGAUGACUGCUCUUGCCUGUAGGGAUGCUGGCUUAUGUUUUGCAGGGGUUCAUGACUCGUUUUGGACACAUGCAUGUGACGUGGAGAAAAUGAGUCAGAUUCUUAGAGAAAAAUUUGUGGAACUUUAUAGCAUGCCAAUACUUGAAAAUUUGCUAGAAGGAUUUGAGACAUCAUACCCAGGAUUAACUUUCCCUCCACUGCCAGAGAGAAGAGGUGAUUUUGACUUGCAGAAGGUUCUUGAGUCCCCAUACUUCUUUAACUGAACAUUGCAGAAGGUUCUUGAGUCUCCAUGCUUAAAAUGGAAGCAUUGCUACCUUCACUUCCGAUGCAAAAUCAUUAAGAAACUUCUGAGACAAUACUUUGUCUUGUCGUGGAGGUUUUGAUUCAAAGAAAGACCCCAGGUUGCUUUCAGGGAAAGGACUGGAAGGAAGUCUCCUGUUACUAGAAUGCUCAGAACACUACUUGGCUGGUUUAAAGGAGAGUUAAGCUUUGAUCAUCCUUUGCAUUUAUAAUCAAUUUGUAAGGAAACCCCUGAUACUGUCUUCGAUUCUCAAAUUGAGCUUGCAGAAAGUCUUGUGUACAAUGCAGAGCUACAGACAAUAGCUGAUUUUGAUGAUGUAAACCAUCUUUUCUGUUUAGAUGUACUGCAAUGUAUGAAUUGACGUAUUAUAUCUACGAUUGAAAGAUAGAUAGUUAGGCAUAGAAUUAUUCAUUUUGUAAUUUGUACAUAGAAUUAUUCAUUUUCAUUGACUUAAAUUAUAAAUUUCAAUUGUAUCGAGAAAAUUUUGAUAUGAAUAAGAGUUAAUUCAUGGUAUGUCAGCUUUGAAUUAGACA